UUGGCCACCCCACUUGAGUUUUCUUCUAAACCAUUAGAAUCCAUUUUAUUAGUAUCAUAGCACCUCUUACACCAGCCUUCAAUGGCUUCUCCAGCAAUAAUGGAGAGAAGAGCUUCAAUUAAAUCCUUAUCUCCUCCUCCCUAUUCUAUCUCUCUUCCUCUUCCUCCCUUACGAAACUAUGACGUUUUCCUCAGCCACAGAGUUAAGGAUACCGGGAGUAGUUUCGCAGCUGAUCUUCAUGAAGCUUUGACAAACCAAGGAAUUGUAGUUUUCAGAGACGGCAUAGACGACGAAGACGCAGAGCAACCAUAUGUAGAGGAGAAGAUGAAGGCCGUGGAAGAAUCGAGGUCUUCGAUCGUGGUUUUUUCAGAGAACUACGGGAGUUUUGUUUGCAUGAAGGAAGUAGGGAAGAUUGUAACGUGUAAGGAGUUGAUGGAUCAACUGGUUCUUCCUAUAUUUUACAAAAUAGAUCCAGGCAAUGUGAGGAAGCAAGAGGGGAACUUUAAGAAGUACUUUAAUGACCAUGAAGCCAAUCCUAAGAUUGAUAUUGAAGAAGUUGAGAACUGGAGAUAUUCUAUGAAUCAAGUUGGCCAUCUCUCUGGAUGGCAUGUCCAAGAUUCCCAGUCUGAAGAAGGGAGCAUAAUCAAUGAAGUUGUGAAGCAUAUAUUCAACAAAUUGCGUCCUGAUUUGUUUCGAUAUGAUGAUAAAUUAGUUGGAAUUUCCCCAAGAUUACACCAAAUAAAUAUGCUUUUGGGAAUAGGUUUAGAUGAUGUACGCUUUGUUGGAAUAUGGGGAAUGGGUGGAAUUGGCAAAACUACAAUUGCUAGAAUCAUUUACAAAAGUGUUUCUCAUUUAUUUGAUGGAUGUUAUUUCUUGGACAAUGUCAAAGAAGCUUUGAAGAAAGAAGACAUAGCUUCAUUACAACAAAAGCUUCUAACAGGAACUCUAAUGAAAAGAAACAUUGACAUCCCUAAUGCUGAUGGAGCUACAUUAAUUAAGAGAAGAAUAAGUAAUAUUAAAGCUCUUAUAAUUCUUGACGAUGUCAACCAUCUAAGCCAACUUCAAAAAUUAGCCGGCGGUUUAGAUUGGUUUGGCUCAGGAAGUCGAGUCAUCGUUACAACGAGAGACGAACAUCUCCUAAUUUCACAUGGAAUCGAAAGACGAUACAAUGUUGAAGUGCUGAAAAUUGAAGAAGGUCUUCAGCUUUUUUCACAAAAGGCAUUUGGAGAAGAGCAUACAAAGGAAGAGUAUUUUGAUGUUUGUAGCCAAGUUGUAGACUAUGCUGGAGGACUUCCAUUGGCAAUUGAGGUUCUUGGAUCUUCUUUACGUAAUAAACCAAUGGAGGAUUGGAUAAAUGCAGUGGAAAAGUUGUGGGAAGUUCGUGAUAAGGAAAUUAUAGAAAAGUUGAAAAUUAGUUAUUAUAUGUUGGAGAAAUCUGAACAGAAAAUUUUUCUAGAUAUUGCAUGUUUUUUUAAGAGAAAGAGUAAGAAACAAGCAAUAGAAAUUCUUGAAAGUUUUGGAUUUCCUGCUGUUCUUGGACUAGAAAUAUUGGAGGAGAAAUGUCUUAUUACUACACCACAUGAUAAGCUACAUAUGCAUGAUUUAAUACAAGAAAUGGGCCAAGAAAUUGUUCGCCAAAACUUUCUGAAUGAGCCCGAAAAGCGAACUAGGUUGUGGCUUCGUGAGGAUGUCAAUCUCGCACUAAGUCGAGAUCAGGGAACAGAAGCAAUUGAAGGGAUAAUGAUGGAUUUGGAUGAGGAAGGAGAAUCACAUUUGAAUGCCAAAGCCUUUUCAGAAAUGACAAAUCUAAGAGUAUUGAAAUUGAACAAUGUUCAUCUUAGUAAAGAAAUUGAAUAUCUGUCUGAUCAACUAAGGUUUCUCAAUUGGCAUGGUUACCCUUUAAAGACCUUACCAUCAAAUUUCAAUCCCACAAAUCUAUUGGAGCUUGAGUUGCCAAAUAGCUCUAUUCACCAUCUUUGGACUGCUUCAAAGAGCAUGGAAACAUUGAAAGUGAUAAACCUAAGUGAUUCUCAGUUCCUAUCAAAGACACCUGAUUUUUCAGGUGUUCCAAAUCUUGAAAGAUUGGUUUUAAGUGGCUGUGUAGAACUUCACCAACUUCACCACUCUUUGGGUAAUCUAAACCAUCUAAUUCAAUUGGACCUCAGAAAUUGCAAGAAAUUAACAAACAUUCCUUUCAAUAUUUCCUUAGAAUCUCUCAAAAUUUUGGUUCUUUCAGGCUGUUCAAAUCUCACCCAUUUCCCAAAAAUCUCAUCAAACAUGAACCAUCUACUAGAGCUUCAUUUAGACGAAACAUCCAUAAAAGUUUUGCAUUCAUCAAUAGGACAUUUAACAUCACUUGUUUUAUUAAAUCUCAAAAAUUGCACAGAUCUUCUAAAACUUCCUUCCACUAUUGGCUCUCUAACAUCUCUAAAAACCCUCAAUUUAAAUGGCUGCUCAAAACUUGAUAGUCUUCCAGAGAGUUUAGGAGAUAUUUCUUCCUUAGAGAAGCUUGAUAUUACAAGCACUUGUGUAAAUCAAGCUCCAAUGUCAUUUCAGCUUUUGACCAAACUAGAAAUACUAAACUGUCAAGGACUAUCUCGCAAAUUUCUUCAUUCAUUAUUCCCUACUUGGAAGUUCACUAGAAAAUUCUCCAAUUAUUCUCAAGGGUUGAAAGUGACAAAUUGGUUUACAUUUGGUUGCUCUUUGAGGAUUUUGAAUCUGAGUGAUUGUAAUUUGUGGGAUGGAGAUUUACCUAAUGACCUUCAUAGCUUAGCUUCAUUGCAAAUUCUUCAUCUAAGUAAAAACCAUUUUACCAAAUUGCCUGAAAGCAUCUGUCAUCUUGUGAAUUUGAGGGAUCUAUUUUUGGUGGAAUGUUUUCAUCUUCUGAGUUUACCAAAACUUCCGCUAAGUGUUAGAGAAGUAGAAGCAAGAGAUUGUGUUUCACUAAAAGAAUAUUACAAUAAAGAGAAACAAAUUCCUUCAAGUGAAUUGGGAAUAACAUUUAUCCGAUGUCCUAUUUCCAAUGAACCAUCUGAAAGUUAUAAUAUUGAUCAGCCACACUUUUCUGCCAUUCACGUAAGGACAACGACUCAACGAUACAUUGAGGUACUCACAUGGCAACAAGUAAAUUACUCUUUUGUGAUUCCCUAUCCUAACUUAAUAGCAUGUUUUGAAGAAAAAAAAUAUGGAUUUUCAAUCACAGCCCAUUGUCCACCUGAUUACAUAAGUGAAGAAAAUCCAAGGAUUGGAAUUGCUUUAGGUGCUGCUUAUGAAGUAGUCCAACAACAAUUUGAAAGCAACAAGAAUAAUAAUAAUAAUAAUUCAAAAUUUUGUUGUGAGUUCACAGUGAAAAUGGAAACGGACGAAUGCCCUAUAAAAUCACCCCUAGUGUUUGAUGGCAACGAACAGGAAUUGGAUAGCCCAAUGGGACUAUCAGUUUUUUACAUUCCAAUGAAAGAGAUAUCAAGCUGGUUGAACCAGUGUUGCUGCAUUGAUAUUUCAAUAAUCACUGAUAACCCAUUUGUGAAGGUCAAAUGGUGUGGAGCUUCAAUAUUGUAUGAACAAAAUGCAGGGAGUUUUAUCGGGAACAUUAUCAAGGACUUGUUUGGAUCUCCUGGAAAAUAUCAUGCAUCAAUUGUUGAUCAUCUUUUGAAUCGUCAGAACCGUGUAAAUAAUGUUUCUACUUUGAUGGAUGGUGGAGCUCGUUACAAGACUUCUUGGUUUAAUGCAUUGCAAAGGACAAUCGGGUCAUUUCCAAGACUUCAACCUAGUGAACCACCGGAUGAGAUUAUAGAGGAGUGUUCCACCAUGAAUGCAUCUUCAGAGGCUGAAGACAACGAAAGUGACUACUCUAUCAUUUUAAAACGAAACCUCAAGGCGACACUUCAAAGGAUAUUCGAGGAAUUGAAGCUGUGUGGUGAAUAUUUCAUUUUUCCUCAGAAAGAAAUGUCAAAAAGUUUCUUCAAUUUUCAAGUAGAAGGGCCUUCGAUUACAAUAAAGAUACCUCCAAAUUUGCAUAAAGAUAAGAAGUGGAUGGGGUUGGCCUUUUUUGUAAUAUUUUCAGUUGAUGAAAAUUCACCAAAAUCUCAUUCCUUCUCUUACCAAGUGGACAAUGAUGAAUAUUCAAUGCAAAGAGAAUCAAUUCUUUACUUGAAUAAAGAUUUGCUACAUGAUCCUCAUCAACUUUGGUUGUUUUUCGAGCCUCGAGCCGUUUAUCCAUAUAGAUUAAAUCAAUGGAGGCAUCUUUGUUUUGCAAUCGCAUGUAAUAACUCAGAUUUUAAAGCUGUUGUUUGUGGAGCACGUCUUGUUUAUAAGCAAGAUGUUGAGGGAUUGAUCAACACAAUUGUAAGUAAUGUGUUGAGUUCCCCAGCUGAAUUUCAAGAAUUUUGUGACCAAAUUUAUGUUAAAGGCAUGUUAAGGAUUGUACAUUCUCGAAAGUAUGAUCCAGAGAAAAAGGAAAAUGGAAGAAGACAAGAGUUUGGUAUAGAAGAGCGGGUUGAUGAACAAAAUUCAAAUGCUCAUGAUCCUCAAGAUGAAGAUUCAAGUUGUAGUUCAAAUAUGGAAAGGAUCAGCCACAUUAUGCAACUCAAAGAAAGCAUUCCUUCCUUCAUUCAAAAGGAUUUAAAGGAUCGAUUUGCAACCUCAUUUGACUUCUGUAUUCCAAGGACAAACAUUUGGGCCGAACUGUUUGAUCAACUAUCUCCAAAUAGUUAUGCACACAUCCAAUUGCCCCCAAAUUUGUAUAAAAAUAGUAAUUGGAUGGGAUUUGCAGUUUGGACCGUUUUCCAAAUCAACAAACAUCCAACAGCAAUUCUCGACAAUGUUGGCUCAGUUUCAAGGCAUGAACUCUUUUGUCAACUUGCAGUUGAGAAUGGAAUAAUUAAACCAUUACACAUUCAUAGUAUCAUUGAGGACACAGUCUUCUGGCUACAUGAACGCCAGUUUGUUUGGCUCUAUUACAGCCCAAGAAAGAAAUAUGGUGAAAUUUUUCGUCAUAGGUCUGAUGUUUCAGCUAUUAUUGAAGCUGAUACCCCAGAUUUGAUGGUGAAAGGUUGUGGAGUUCAAUUAGUAUACAAAAAAGACGUGGAGUUGAUUGACAAGAUAUUGAUGGAAGCCUUCUUUUCAACCACAUAGGUCAAUGGUGUAGUCAGAACUAGCCUUCUUUUCAAAGAAUACAGCCCAAACAACAUAGCCUUAAAUGUAAAAGCCAUGCUUUGCUAAGCUUUCUCUUUGGGCUUCACUCUAUCCCCUCUAUCACUGAUUAUACUAAUAAAUUAGGUGCUUUGUUUAGCUUGGUGUUCCCUUAAGGUAUUGGUGAAAGUCAUUCAAUAAUAUAAUCAUCAUCUUGAACAAAUAGUUUGUCAGUUGUGUCA